AUGUCUGAAUUAAAUAAACCGUUUGUGCUGGGGAUCCUCAAGACCACCCUCAUGCUCAGCAAUGCAGUAGGACUCACAAGACUCAUGCUGGAGAAGUCAGAAGAGGAAAGGAUAGUGACCAGGUGUCUGACAAAUUAUUCUCAGGACCCAGUGACCUUUGAGGAUGUGGCUGUGGAAUUCACCCAGGAGGCGUGGAUUUUGCUGGAUCAAACUCAGAGAAGGCUGUGCAGAGAUGUGAUGCUGGAGAACUACAAGAGUCUGGCUGCAAUAGAUUGGGAGAUUUGUCUUAAUACCAAAUGGUCAGCACCUCAGCAGAAUAUUUUGCAGGGGAAAACACCCAGUGUGGUAGAAAUGGAGAGAAGCCAUACUGGAGAGGAAUUGUUUAAUUUUAACCAUUGGGAAGAAGCCUUGAGUGAACACUCCUGUUUUAAGAUUUACAGAUUACUCACAUUGAAAAAAACUUGUGAGUGCAACCAGUAUGUAAAAGCCUUCACAAAGAACUCUGCCCUUAAUCUAUACAACAAAACCCAUGAUGGAGAAAAGCCUCCUAAGUGUAAUCAGUGGUGAAACAGUUUUUAGCCAAAAUCCACAUCUGUUCAUGAGAAAACUUACACUCGAAAGAAACCGUAUAAAUGCACGGACUGUGGGAAAGGCAUUCCUUCUUCCUUACACCUUAGAGAAUGUGUAAGAAUUCAUGGUGGAGAAAGGCCACAUACCUUUAAGGAAUGUAGGAAAGCUUUUUCUCAUUCUACAGGCCUUUUUGAGUAUAUGCAAAUGAACAAUAGAAAAAAGUCCUACAAAUCUAAGAGUGGGAAAACCUUUAUUUGAUCUUGUCUUAUUCAUCAUUUAAGAACUCAAAGUGAAUUAAUGCCUAUGGAAUGUAAGAAAUUUGAGAAAACCUUUCCUUGUUCCCUAAAUCUUGCUAAAGGUAUACAGUUUCAUAUGAGAGACACACACUGUGUUUGCAAGGAGUGUAGUAAAGAGUUUACUUGUUUCCCAAAACUUAAUAUUCACAUGUGAGUUCACACUGGAGAAAAACCAUAUGAGUGUAGUAAAUGUGAGAAAACCUUUACCAAUUCUUCAGAUCUUAUAAAACGAAAUCACACUGGAGAGAAGCCUUAUGAAUGUAAGGAAUGUGGGAAAGCCUUUAGUAACUCAUCUUGCUUUAAAAGUCAUAUGCAAACCCCUUGAGUAAAACCCUAUAAUUGUAAGCAGUGUGGGAAAACCUUAAGAAUUCACAGUAUAGAAAGAACUUUUGAAUGUAAGGAAUAUGGGAAGUCAUUUAGGUAUUCUUUGCACUUUAGUCAACAUAAACAUACUGGAGAAAAGCCAUGUAAAUGUAAAAAGGGUGGGAGAGCCUUCACUAUUUCAUCAGGCUUUACAGUACACAUGAGAACUCACACUGCUGGAUGACCUUUUGAAUGUAAGGACUGUGGGAAAGCCUUUACUCGAAUGUAUAAGAUUUCACUCUUGAGCGAAGCUUACGCUUGCAAAGAAUAUGGGAAAGCCUUUAAUACUUUCUCUUAG